UCAGACUGACGCAGUGCAUCCUUCAGCGCGCAGCAUCCGACAGCAGCCUGGACCGAGGACACUAGGACACCGCGUACCGUGGAGAUGUAGCCAUGAAUCAUCCACAUUAUAUCAGCUAAACGAAGGACCAUCGACAUUUAUAGUUUUUUCCACUGCUGUUAUCCGGAUCGCAGUCGCCCAACCCGCAAAAUGGCUGAGAUCACAGAAAUAGGCGCGGCGUACGAUAUGUCCCCAGUGCUGGCGGGGUUUAUCGGUGCCGGUGUGUUGGUCGUUGCAAUCAUUGCAUUAAUCUUUGUGUGGACUUGCUGUCAGAAACAUUACAACAGGACGAACUACAAGCUCCAUGGAAUCCAAUCGGAACAAAGUGAUCCUCUCACAGACCCACCGUACAGGUUUAUUCACAUGCUGAAAGGAAUGAGCAUCUACCCCGACACGCUUACCAGCAGCAAGAGGAUCAUACGAGUGGCACGCCAGGCCAGAUCCCAGACCACCGACGGGGCUCAAAGCAACAAGGGCCGCCCAGUGGUGCUGGUAGAUAUGGAUUCGGCAGCAGAAAGCGGCCUGCUGGGAGAGAAACAAAUGCAAAUGAGGCUUGGGGAAAGUGGCCAUGAGGUUCCCAAGCUGGAGAGGGAACUUCCUGUGCAUGCGGAUUACUCCUGUCUGGACAGCAGCUCUGCCAGCAGCAGUCAGACCUCCAGUACUACAGUUUCCAGCACAGCUACACCCUUCACCCCUGCAGAAGAGCCCAGCCGAGGAGAUCUCAGCAUCGCAAUCGAUUAUAACUUCCCUAAAAAGGCCUUGGUGGUCACCAUUCUGGAGGCUCGGGGGUUACCGGCCGUAGAAGGCCAUGCGGGCAGUGCCGACCCCUAUGUGAAGAUGACCAUUCUCCCCGAAAAGAAACAUCGUGUUAAGACUCGGGUCCUGAGGAAGACUCUGGAACCUGCGUUUGAUGAGACCUUCACAUUUUAUGGCGUGCCGUACAGCUCCCUGUCGGAUCUCACUCUGCACUUCCUGGUGCUGAGCUUUGACCGGUUCUCACGAGACGAUGUGAUCGGGGAGGCGAUGGUUCCACUGGCAGGUGUGGACCCGAGUACAGGCCAAGUUCAUAUUACGCAACAGAUCACAAAGAGAAGUAUGCAGUGUGUGAGCCAUGGAGAGCUGCUGGUCUCUCUUUCCUAUCAACCUGUUUCUCACAGACUGAGUGUGGUGGUGUUAAAAGCAAAACACCUUCCGACACUGGACAUCACUGGCCUAUCUGGAAAUCCGUAUGUGAAGUUGAAUGUGUUCUACGGCCACAAGCGCAUUGCGAAGAAGAAAACGCAUGUGAAGAAAUGCACACUCAAUCCAGUCUUUAACGAAUCCUUCAUCUAUGACGUGCCGGCUGAGUUGCUCCCAGACAUCUCUAUUGAGUUCCUAGUCAUGGACUUUGACCGCACUACUAAAAACCAGGCCUUGGGACGCCUGGUACUCGGCGCAAACAGCCCCUGCCCCUCGGGAGCAGCCCACUGGCAGGAGGUCUGCCAAAACCCAAGGCGCCAAAUCUCAAAGUGGCACACGCUCAACGAAUAUUAGAGCUUCACCACAAUCUCUGCGCACACACGCUCAAACACAGGCACACAGGAAACAAUAACGAGAGAGAGAGUUUUGGGAAAAGAUGCCUUUAUGUUAUCGUCACUACAUGGAAGGUAACUGAUUAUCAGGAGGACUUGUAAAAAAAAAAAAAAAAAAAAAGACUUAAGCCAUCUUUGUUAAUGCGAUGAUGGGCUUCAGAAAUGAAUCUUUUUAAAGUGCACAUUUAGUUUCUCACUCAGAUGCUCACAUAUAAACAGACAUACACACGUACACACCGCCUGAACACAAACAUACAUGAGAAAUAAUAAACGAGACCAAAAUAAUAAAAAAAAACAUAUUGACUGUUAGGAAUUUAUGAGGUUUGGGAUUCUGUAACUGUCCUAAUAAAUCUUAACGCAUGUCUGGACGCUCCAUAUUCCACUCCAGAACAGGACAUUGUGUGGAUUUGCGAAGCUGGCCCACAUUAAACUUCCGGGAGUUUGUGGGGGAGUUUGUUUUAAAGGAGCUUGUGACGAGCAUCUUCUGAAAUGUACUGAUUCUCCACUGUCUGAGAAAUGCACUGAAGUGAAACAGGUUGUAAGAUCUACGCUGAAGUAUAAAUUGUUCUGUUAUGCUUUGGCUGGAGAUGUUUUGGAGAUUCCCGCUGUGUCACUUUCUCCACAGCUACAAGUUGAGUCAUGUGAUUGUACAACAAUAACCCUAUUGGCAGCACUUUGGGCCUGAUUUAUUGCUUGUGCAAUGAUUUCAUCAUGUACUUUGAAUAAAUCUGGCCCUGAACAACUUCAUCUGCACUGCUAUGCUACAAACGCACUCUGAAUGUCACUGUCUGAAUGAAUUUCAUACACCACGGCUUUACUUCACAUAAAACAGUGGCUCAGUGUUUCAUAGACUGUACUACCCAAUGUCAUCAGAUUGCCUUUUUAAUGUGGAUUGGAUUCACUUUCAUUUUAAAUCCUGUGUGAUAUAGUGAUAGACAAAGAGGUGUGUUCGUAGUUUGGAGCGGGAAAGCUCUGAUGUAUUACGGGGUCGUUCUGAGCCCUCUUGUGUGAUGUUUGGGAAAUGGAAGGAUAUAUAUAGCGUUUUAUCAUUUAUAGUUCAUAAAGUCAAGGGGGAAGAUAUCUCCUUCACCUCAGUUUCACUCUCAUGGUUUGCCAGUGUGCCUGCCGAUAGCUGGGGCCUUUAUCUCUGAUUGGUGCUCCUCACUGUUCAUUUACCAAGCCUGAGGUCUGAAUCUGGCAUACCGUAUACUGUAUUUCAUAUGGCGUUAGAAUUAAGAUUUUCAGACCAAAAAUCUGGGGGGAAAAAUUUAAUAAAUACUGGAAACAAAUGACGUUUAUCUCCAUUAACGAUUCUUUCAUGUGCAAUUUUUGCUAACAUUGAAUUAAAAAAAUUCGGACCAUAUAGUGUGACCAGUGUAAUAUGAAUCUCAAAUAAAUAAUAAGUCCGGUAUUUUUAAUGAAUCAAAAACAUACAGCAUUUUAGUGCGACUCCCAAAAACAACUCUAAUUAGGCAGUUUCUACAGAAUAAAAAUCAUUUAGCACAACCAGUAUACUAGUAUUACAGAACAAAUUAAUCUAAUGAGUCAGUUCUUUUUAAUGUUUUGAAUACACAACACAACUACAUUACACUCUCCUAAAAAUAAUGGUUCUUUAUUGGCAUUGAUGGUUCCAUGAAGAACCUUUAACAUCCAUGGAACCCUCAAUUGCAGGAAGGUGGAAAAAUGUUCUUUAGAUUAUUAAAAUGAUCUUUACAUUAAGACAUUUUUUUUCUUUUUAGAAAUGUUCACUUGAAGGUUCUUUGGGGACACAAAAAUGGUUCUUAUAUUGCAUUGCUGCAAAACCUACUUUUGGAACCUUCAUUUUGAAGUAUAUGACAACAUGUAGUUACUGGUUGUGUAGUUUAAAAAUACAUAUAAUGUGUUUUGUUAAUAAAGUAAAUUGGAACCAAAACCUUUACAUUAUUUUAGAUUUCCUUUCCAAAUAGGAAAUAUGCCCAAGAUUCAGGAGACCCAGCAGAGCAGGGACAAUAGCAGAUCUGUUAAACACAAAAUGUCACUUCCUAUACAUAUAUCCAGACAUUUCUAAUCAAUUCUCCACAUAUUAGCCUCUAGUGCUCAGCUGGUUGUGCGGCACAUAGUUUGUCUAUCAUAGAGAUGUUAAGAUUCUAAACUGUAAUUCUGGAUGGAAAAAUGCUUCUUUCCAUUUAAGCUUUUAAAAUACUUAAGCCACACUCCAUGUAUAAAAGCUCACCCUAUCCACCCAGUAAUGUCUCUCUUAUAGAAGAUAAUUUGUGUGUGGGAUCACUGGUAUGACAAAAUGGUAAGAUAUUAAAAGAUUCAAUCCAUGUGACAAACAACACACAGGAGAAGAAAAAAACAAUAGAUUAAAAAAUUAUACAUAAAAAAAAAUCAUAUGUGACCUAUAUACAAUCACUUUGGUGUUCAAAAAUUAAUUGGCAGGACAAAUUAUUGUAUUAGUGCAAACUAAAAACAAAUCUUGUGACUAUGACAUAUACUGUACUGCAAAAUGCUGUGAGAUCUCUGCUAAUGUUACACACACACUUGUAUGUUAGUGUUUUUAACACCCACUGAAUGUGCAAAAUAAACGUGUUACACAAUUGAA